AUGUCGUCUGAGAACAAGACCGCCGACCCGUACACCAGCGUCAACAAAGAUGACGCCGAUCUGCAGACCAAGGUCACUGACCUCGUCAACUUCAUCACCAAAUGCAAGUUUGGCAUGAUGACAACCGUCGAGGCUGGUUCAUCUCAGAACAACCUGGUCUCCCGCUGCAUGGCUAUUGCCGCCACAGAGUCCGGAGGCAUCGACCUUCUCUUCCACACAAACAACGAGUCCGGCAAGACCCACGACCUAUCUGACGACCCCCACGUCAAUGUCGCCUUUAUCAACAGCUCGGGCGAGUGGGCGUCCAUCUCCGGCCAGGCAGGCCUCGUCAAGGAUCGCGAGCUGGUCAAGAAGACGUACAGCAGCAGUCUGAAGGCGUGGCUUGGCGACCUCGGCGACGGCGUCCACGACGGCUCGGAGAAUGACCCCCGUAUUGGCAUUAUUCGCGUCAAGACCACCAGUGUGACCUAUUCGCUGCAGCUUGGCAACUUCAUCAGCCGUGCUGCUGAGGUUGCUCAGGGUGUUAUUACUGGAAAGACCGCCCAGGUGAACAAGCUGCGCGAGAUUUCGGCGGAAGAGGUUGGAUCGUGGCGUUCCUCGAAUAAGUCAGAGUUUGAGAAGCUGUGA